UUGCUUUGGUCCAACUGCUAAGAACACAUCGCCACCCGUGUUGCUCAGAGGAAAGUGCGUCUCGCGAUCGCCCCUCAUUUCAGAGCGGGGAUCAAAACCCCAGCGCGGGGAGGAGGCGGACCCGCGAGCUGGGGCGUUACGAAACCUUCGGGAUCAGACGGCCCCUCCUCAGAGGGGAGGGACCGACGCCGGGGGCCUUGUUCUCUAGGAGUCGUAGCACUGGAUCCCAGAACUUAGAUCCGAGUGGCUGCUCGGGCCCUGGCCCGGCUCCGCAGCGCGCACCCGGGGUGGUCCGCUGACAGGUCAGCUCUCCACGCAGGUGUCCCGCGCUGCCCCGCGCCAUGUCGUCCUGCAGCCGCGUGGCGCUGGUCACCGGAGCCAACAAGGGCAUCGGCUUCGCCAUCACGCGCGACCUGUGCCGGCAGUUCUCGGGGGACGUGGUGCUCACCGCGCGCGACGAGGCGCGGGGCCGGGCAGCGGUGCAGCAGCUGCAGGCGGAGGGCCUGAGCCCGCGCUUCCACCAGCUGGACAUCGACGACCUGCAGAGCAUCCGCGCCCUGCGCGACUUCCUGCGCAGGGAGUAUGGGGGACUCAACGUGCUGGUCAACAACGCAGGCAUCGCCUUUACGAUGGAUGAUCCGACACCCUUCGACAUUCAAGCUGAGAUGACCCUGAAGACAAACUUUUUUGCUACUAGAAACGUCUGCACUGAAUUACUUCCCAUAAUGAAGCCUCAUGGGAGAGUGGUGAACAUCAGCAGCUCACAGGGCUCCAGAGCCCUCGAGCACUGCAGCGAGGACCUGCAGGAGAAGUUCCGGUGCGACACCCUCACCGAGGGGGACCUGGUGGACCUCAUGAAAAAGUUUGUGGAGGACACGAGAAACGAGGUGCACGAGAGGGAAGGCUGGCCCAGCUCAGCCUAUGGGGUGUCCAAGUUGGGGGUCACGGUCUUAUCGAGAAUCCUGGCCCGGCGGCUGGAUGAGAAGAGGAAAGCCGACCGGAUUCUGCUCAACGCCUGCUGCCCUGGACGGCUGCAGGCAGACGUGGAGGGGGACCGGGGCUGCAGGACUGCGGAGGAGGCGGCCGAGACGCCCGUCUACUUGGCCCUCCUGCCUCCAGAUGCCACUGAGCCGCAAGGCCAGCUGGUCCGUGACAAGGUCGUGCAGAACUGGUGAACCUCUGCUUCCUGGCUCGAUGUUUAAUAAAUGUUGGUGGGAGGAAUGAGUGAAUUCGGAUGUGGUGGGAUUCUGUUUCUGUCAUUGAGAAGAAACGUCCACUCGGAUCUCCCUGGGACACAGGUGUCCAGUUCCAGACCCUGGAGCCGGGCCAUUUUGCCAUGCCCACACUCUUUAGCCUGAGAGAAAAGGACGCAUUAGCGGGCAUCUGAUUGCACUGGGGACGGUUAAAUCACAUGGCUGCUUCCCACCCCAGGGUUUCUGAUCCCCAAGGCCUGGGACAGACCCAAAUUUACAUUUUUAACAAGUUUCCAGGUAACGCUGCUGCCGCCAAUCCUGGGACAGCAGUCAGAGAACCCACGGGGUAGUGGUCUUAGAGUCGGACUUGGCCAGUUUCCAGGCCCUACCUCGCCGUUGCUAGUUUGUUGAUUCUGUAAGCCAGGGUGUAUCCUGUGUCCUUAGCUCUGCAAACUUCCUGUGUAUCUCAUUCUGUCUUGCUGUAUUUGAGUUUAUACAACAAAACUCUGUUAAAAGACAAAAUCACAAAAGAUUUGAAGAUCUGAAUUGGCUUUUAUUUACAAUUCUCGAGUAGGACAGCACCUCAUUCCAUAGAAUAGCAAGUGUUCCGAUGAGCUGAGCACAAGAGGUUGGUUUUAUGGGUGGAAAGGGCCAAGGGAGGCAAGGACAGAAUGAGAAACAGAUGGGUCAUUUCAAAGUUAAUUUUCUUGUAAAGGUUAGAGAGGAGAGAACUUAGGUGCACCUGUUAAACCUGGGUUGUUUGGAGAUUUGGCUAUCAUCUCUCUCCCGAUUUUCUUAGCUUUGGCCUGGUGAGGUGGAACUUUAGCAUGAGCAACUCCAUCUGGUUUGGUCUGUUAGGUCUAGUGCUUAGCCCUAACCAGUGACCUCCUGUACAUCUCAUUUAAGAAGGAAAACUUGAGGGACUUGGGAGAAAGGUCUUGUUUCGUUGGGAUGUGAUUUCCUCCAUACUGGGUUUGAGCUAGGGGGGCUGAGCCACUGAGCUAGAUCACCAGUUCUUUUUAUUUCUAUUUUGAGAUAGGCCCUUGCUAAGUUGCUGAGGCUGACCUUGAACUUGCGAUCCUCCGGCCUCAGCCUCCUGAGCUGCUGGGAUUACAGGUGUGCACCCUGCACCUGGCCACACUGGGAUUUUAGCUGGGUUUUGGGUCUGCACUCCUGCCCCAUCUAUCAUCCACUCGUGCUUCAGUAACUGCAAAUCACCUCCUUCCCCUGCUGACAUCCCUCUCUGAGCUACAGCCGAGGGUGAUUCUUUGGGUGAAUUCCUGAGCCCCAUUUAUAGUCUCUAUGACCAGCGAGUCCACUUGUGAGUCAUUGCUUUCAAGUGGGAUUGGUUCUGAGACUGGGACUCUGGAAUGCUGGUUGUGUAUUGUAGAAAUAAAACCUGGAGACCAAAGGAGCUUAUGAAAGAGGAGAACUUACUGGCAAAGGUUUGUAAGGGAGUUAAGGCUUGAGAAGGAGUGGCUAACCAAAGACGACCCCAACAAUUCAACAGGUAUGCAAUAGAGAGAACACGGGGAGAAACUGCGAUUCACUCCCAUCACCAAGUUGAAGACAGCUGUUCACAGUGUGAAACAGUGACACGCCCAACUGUCAUAUUCACGAAGGUCACAGUCACCUCCUGAUGUUUCAUGUCAGACAAAAGCAAUGAUGCUAUUUCCCUUAAGGAAU